AUGGCUCCCAGAACGAAGCACUACGUGAAUCUGCCCGAUGUUGACGACCACGACAACCGCUCCAGCACGGAAGUCGAGGAGGGUUUGAUGCAUGAGGAGAAGCAUUGGCACUCGAUCGAUCUUGACGCCAGCCCGUCACCGAAGAAAACAUGGUGGAAGCAGACGAAGGCUCUCUUGAGGCGAUACCGCUGGCUCAUCGAUACCUUGCUUCUCCUGACAAACAUUGGUUUGAGUUUGGGACUGAGUUUGUUGAUGUACUAUCAAUUUGAGGAUGCCAAGUUCCCUGUCACUGUCAGGCAGGUUGGCGGAGAUUACACUGGCGCUGGGCCGAUGCUUGGCUCGGGAUGGAAGUGGGUUGGCAAUGACCCAUUCUUCACCACAUCAAUGACCCAUCAGCUGCACUGCAUCUUCAUGAUGGGCAAUAUCUUCUCGGGCCUGACGACGAACAAUAUGGACAAGGUUCCUACGGAUUAUGUCUCGCACUACUUCCACUGCGUCGAUUAUCUGAGACAGGCGGUGAUGUGCUCUGGAGACGUCGCGCUCGAGCCACAUGAGAUCACCGAUUCGGAUGACAACGGCCCACAAGAUGGCAGCUGGAACGGACAGCAUGUGUGUAAAGACUACAGCCAGGUCAUGAAGUAUCUCGACAAGCAAAUUGCCGAGGGCGUUCGUGUUGUCUUGCCGAUAGACGAUUAA